GCCUCUUAAACAUAGAGUUGUGGAUAAGGAAAUUCACUGUGGGCGUUGUAUUCUACACAAAGAAUUAAACGUAUAGCUUGUCUUUUAUUGCGUGUGUGAGAUGUGAUGUACGCGAAUGAGUGUUGAGAAGUGGGUGUCGCUGUGCAUGCUGGUCCUAGAGCAACAGAACACCAGUAGAGAGUCAGUGGUAAAGAGGGAAGACAAUUCAAACGCUGCUUACUUUUGCGAACAAUUCCGCACGAGCCGAAAGUGCCGUGAGUUCAUCUAUAUAAUACGGAUCAAAUUCGCCCUUGAUCCGCAGUUUUGGAUUUUCCUACUCAGAUUGAGCUUGCUGGUUGAACGCGAGAGAUACAAUGUAUCCAAGCCCGAACUCUCGUUGCUACGCGGUCCUCUGACGAGCUCGAACGCCACGGUCUAUGGAGGGACAAACGAAGAGCGCAACGCUCAGGUACCAAGUACCCCCAUUUCGGUUAUCUGGGAGAUGGUAGCAAAUGAACGGCACUGGAGGGAACAUGGUUGAGAGGACCAGCAAAUUUUUGUUGAUCGUCGUCGGAUCCGUCUUCUUCAUGCUGAUUUUAUAUCAGUACGUGGCUCCUGGGGUGAUGAACUUCGGGUCUCCGCAGGGGUACCUCGCCGAGGACAACACGGAUAUUUUCCCCACUCCGGAUCCCCAUUAUGUGAAAAAGUACUACUUCCCUGUCAGGGAUUUGGAACGCACCGUUGAUUUCGAGAUAAAGGGUGAAGAUGUGAUUGUUUUUCUUCACAUACAGAAAACUGGCGGAACCACUUUUGGCAGGCAUCUGGUACAAAAUGUUAGGCUAGAAGUUCCGUGUGAUUGCAGACCAGGACAGAAAAAGUGUACAUGCUAUCGUCCCAACAGAAAGGAGACCUGGCUGUUUUCGAGGUUCUCCACUGGCUGGAGUUGCGGGUUACAUGCGGAUUGGACCGAACUCACUAACUGCGUUCCUGGAGUGCUCAACAAGAAGGAAAACAAAUCGAAAAAACUGAGGAAGUUCUAUUACAUCACCCUGCUGAGGGACCCUGUGUCGCGCUAUCUGAGCGAGUGGCGCCAUGUGCAGCGCGGGGCCACCUGGAAGACAUCCCUCCACAUGUGCGACGGGCGCACGCCCACGCCCGAGGAGCUCCCGCCCUGCUACGAGGGCACGGACUGGUCAGGCUGCACCCUGCAGCAGUUCAUGGACUGCCCCUACAAUCUGGCCAACAACAGGCAGGUGCGCAUGCUGGCUGACCUCAGCCUGGUCGGCUGCUACAACCUCUCCACGGUGCCCGACAAGCGCCGCUCCCAGCUUCUCCUCGAGUCGGCCAAGAAGAACCUGCGUGACAUGGCGUUCUUCGGCCUGACGGAGUACCAGCGGAAGACCCAGUUCCUGUUCGAGCGCACCUUCCGGCUGCGCUUCAUCCGGCCCUUCAUGCAGUACAACAGCACGAGGGCGGCGGGCGUGGACCUGGAGAACGACACGGUGGCACGCAUCGAGGAGCUCAACGACCUGGACAUGCAGCUGUAUGACUACGCCCGCGACCUCUUCCAGCAGCGGUACCAGUACACUCGGCAGCUGGAGAGACGUGCCCACCGGUUGGCACUUCGGGGUCGCGGCCUGGACCCCCGGGAUUUGCUCCGAGAGGAGGGGGGUGGUGGGGGUGAAGGGACAGCCAGGCUGCCCACUGAGGACUACAUGAACCACAUCAUCAACAGGUGGUAGCCCCUGCCCAGGUGGUAUCCACCCAUUCCACCCCACCCAACCCACCCACCUACCUACACUGUUGCACCUUUCUGACCUCCACGUAGUCUGGUAUGUUGAGGUUGCAUCGUUGAAUGUUUGGGGCAGGUGUGCUGAGGCACUUGGGGCGUUUGGAGGGAAAGAGGAUUCGCUGCUGAGGAGGCCUUCCUGCGGACUUUUGCAUGAGACGAGCUGUGGGAUGCGGACAAGAUGAUUUCCCUUCCAGCUCCAGAAAAACGUUUUGUCUUCUUGGACUAUGUAAACAGGUCGGGUCUUUUGCGAUAAGAAGCCCCACGAGAAAUCGGAGUCAUCCUGUGGAGUUGUGGAAGCAGCAACUGUCUACUUCCCUCAGAUUCCCAAGGAGAAAAGAAAAUAUCAGAUAAUUCCUUUACAAAGUAAACGGAGUGGUUUUAAUUGCCUUUCUGUGUCUUGGCCCAUAAUAACCUACUAUGUGCUUAAUAUGUUGUUAAGGAGUUAUAACACAGUGACAUGAGAUUACCUGUAGUUUUGUUCCAGAAUUGUUUCAGUACUGUCAAAGCAAAGGACACUUCGGACAAGCUAUCUUUUUAUUUAUUGAAUUGCUUUCUGAUGAUUUGAAAUAGAUAUUUUUCCAAUGAGAGAGACUAUUUGGCCAAACUUGAUAUACAGUAAGUAACAUAAAGUCAUGGUGACUUUAAAUAAAUCGGUCAUAACAUACCCAUCCAUUAGCUUAAAAGGUUACUAACAUGUGCUAUCAAAGUUUAGAGGUAUAUCUUAAUAUAAAUGACAGUGAACUUAUGAAUUCUUGUUUUGUUUUACACUUGUGUGUUUUUACUAUUUCGUCUGAAUGUCUAUGAAGAUGCCAGUCUCCUUGGUUCCGAUGUAUUUAAAUUCCCCGAUUGGACUAAACCCAACAAGAGGUAUCGUAAAGGUUGGUCAUAUGAUUGUCCAGAAAUAUUUCUGACCGCAUAACCUCUAUUUAGCAACACUGACCACGGGCCUCGUACUAAUGGGGAGUCCUGGAACAGGAAACACUGUCAUUACUUGUACAAAAUAAUAUUUCUGUGAGUAUGUGCAUGUGUGUGAGUGGAUAUGUGCGUUCUGUGAUUUUGUACUCAAUACAUUUCCUCCUCUGACUGGGAUUGGUUUCAAUCCAUAGUUCUAUUUACUUUUGCCCCAGCAGGUUUAAGUGUCAAAAGGUGCAACAGGUAAAUCAUUCAAAGGGUUAAUAAUAGACAGCCUCUUGCAAAACAUUUUUUCCCCCCCUUAAUUAUCUUGUUAAUGUCUUAGGAUGAUUCCCUGGUGAAUGGUAUGUUUAAUUAAAAUUGAAACGGAGUGUGUCUGGACAUGAUGUAAUCAUCACCAUUCAAUACUGUUGUAUAUGGUACCUCCAUGUUCAUCCUGUUAUUCAUCAUUCUGCUCCCAAAGUCCCUAUCCAAAAACAACCUGUUGUCCCACUGGUAUUACCAGGACUAAAAAUAUAACCCAGACUGAUUGUUUGGGGGCGGUUUAAACACAAAGGCAUUACAGUUAAGGAAAUGUGGACCAGUGUGCAGGACCUCCAAAUUACACAUUGGAUGCAAUUACACAGACUGAACAUUUCUGAUCUUAUAGACAAAAUAGAUCAAUUUGUGAAAUUAACAUGUCAACAUAGUGUUGUCACUGAGCAGAAAGUUUUAACUUCCGUGUGAUAUGUCCGAAGCUCUUGAGAGCACCGAACAAAGUGUGUGUGUGUGUGUGUCUGUGGGUAUGUGUGUGUGUGUGUGUGUGUAUGUGUGUGUGUGUGUGUAUGUGUGUGUGUGUAUCUGUGUGUGUGUGUGUGUGUGUGUGUGUGUGUAUGUAUGUGUAUGUUUGUAAUUGAGAGUGAAAUGGGACUUUUUAAACGAAAGUCUCCCAUCUAAUUUUACCCAUAUUGUAUUAUUGCUGUGAGUCUCUGUUCUUCAUGCCGAUUGGAUCUUCUGUUCAACAAUAAAAAAUAUAUUUCUUUGUA